AUGCCGAAGUUCAUCACCCAUGAACCGUUGGCGAACAACUGGUUCAACAUGAAUCACACGACGGGAUCUGGACAUUUGCAACCUUGGGCCACACCUUUGACUAAUCGGGAGGAUGUGCUUCUGUUGCUAGUCGACAGAAUGGAGAAGGAUUACCUUGCCCUGAGCCCCAAGAUGCGAAAAGCCUAUGGAAAAGAUGUCGAAGCUCUCCAGCGAGUGUGCGCAGCAUUCCUGGCAGCCAAAGAACGCUACCAGGAGCUUGUCCCUGCAGCUUUCUUUGAGAGAACCAUGCAGGACAUUAAGAAUGCGCUAUCAAAGCAGCUCCUCGAUGCCACCUGGGGCCAGACGGAGCUCAAUUUCCAGCAAGAUCUUCAAAAGCUGAGCAAUUGGGCUCAGACUUUUGAUUUGUUCAGCCAGCAGCAGGCCAUGAUGGACUUCAAGUACUUGAAUGACCGGUAUGUGAAAGGGAAAGAAAGGGUGGAAACUCUUUUGCUGGAAAAGCACAAGCUGUUGGCUCAUGAGAGCCUCAUCAUGGGGCUGUCACCCAUUGUGGAGAUGCAAGAGCAAUUGGGGAGCGAUGGUCUGACCGUCUUGAUAUUCGAUUGCACAUUGUGGCCUCAGCGUGCAAUGGCAGUGGACGAAGCAGUUCAGAUUUGCCAAAGUGUUUCCUCCGGCAACCCACGCACCGUGUGCUGGUUUAUGCUGCCACAGUGGCAUUCUUCGACUGCAAAGUGCACGGUUUUGAAAAACCGACGGUUGGUGGAAGAUAAAGUUGUAGCGUGCAUGGAUGUGUACGAGGUGGCAGUGAAUUUCGCAGACAGCGCCCACGGGGGCCUUGCGGCUAUGGUGUCGCAGGGUGCUUCGAACACCAAUGUCUGGGCAAAGAGCCGGGCACUUUUGGGUUCUAUUUCGGGUGUUGAGCGCGCUCGCGUCAAUGAGCUUGUGAACCCAGAACCGGAGAAGCCUUUGGCGCCUCACUGGCGUGUUCAGCAAAGAGGAGUAGCGGCUACCAAAUCGGUGUUGCUCCAGCUGCUUGAUGGGAUGACUUCGGGUCUGAACUUUCCAGUCCUGGUUGUCGACCUCUUACCAUCCAGGUUCUGUGAAUGGAGUUCUGCCUGUUGGGAAAUCCAGAAAGACAACCUCUUGGGCACCAACCUUGAUCUGGAUUUGCGAUUCCUUGCCCUGUACCACAACGAUGACUCGGUUCAUUUGACCUCCGCGAAGGAAUGCUUGGUGGGCAGGGCAAUGGGCCAAUGGUGGGACCGAUCCAACGAAGCGGGGCCCCGGUCUCGUGAGAACACCAGGAUUGCUGACAUGGUCGCCGAAAAGUUCAAGGAUACCCACAGCGACUCUUUGAAGAAGAUGACGGAUGAAUUGGAAGAGCAACAGGUGAUCCAAACCGCUUUGAAGGGAGUGGGCAACCCAUCCGCAACACCUGGUACCAGUGAAGGGCAACAAUGUCCCCGCACUUCCGCUUCCCCCGAAUGGUGUGGCGAUUUUCCGUGGAAUUUCCGGAAGCGCAUGUCACACACUGGGAUUUCCAUUGCUGAUUUCGAGGGUGGGAACUCGGUGGAUGCCUGUGCAGUUCUGGCAAGAGAACCCCAACUUCGAGUGUGCUUCACUACUUUGGGAAACAUGUGGAUUCUGAACAAGGGGGAUGCCGCCGUGACCUUGAGUGCUGGUGAGCUCUUUGGCUUCAAUCUUGGCAGCUAUGUUGAGAUCCCCACAGCUACAGCCGCGGCAGCCACCGACAGCUUGCCUUGGUGCUUGGGUGAUGACAAAUCCUUGGUGAGCUUAGUGAAAACGGAGAACGGGCAGACCACCAAGGUCAUUUCCAGCGUCGCAGAGCUGAUGUGCAACAUCACCAAAGAGCGUGGAAUCACAGAAAUGAGAUUGGUUGACCAUGACAUGCAGCCUAUGCUCAAGGCAAGGUCUCUCACUAAUCGUUUCUAG